AUGGACAAAGAUUGCGAUAUGGUAUAUAAGAAUGUUUCUGACAUAUAUAAAUCUGAAGAAUUUAAGACCUACGACAACUUUGUUUCGUUAGUUGCUGAAUGUGUUUGGGAAAUAAGAGAUAAAGAUAGAAGAGGCAAAGUAUGGAACGAACAACUAAGACCCGCUAUGUUUGAGAUGAAGAGAGCAAUUGACGCUUUAGUUGUUCUAGCAGGUCAAAUUUCAAUGUAUAAUGCAAAAAUGAACCCACAAUGUUCAAAAUGUAAAGCAGCAAUAAGGAAAUAUAACUACUCCGUCAAAGAGAUAGAAAGAAUGCGAAACGACUAUGCAGACUUAAAGAAAGAAGCAGAAAAGCCAGCAGAAGAUAAAAUGGACAUGUUAGCAUUUCUGAACAAAAACUAUCCAACAGUAGAAGAUUUCCUUCUAUCUGACGUCAAGAAGAAAUAUAAAGAGACUUUCGGCAUUGUUAAAACUUUUGAUAUCCUCAGCGAAGAAAUAGAAGCUACAAAACUGUUUAGGAUUUCAAAUAUACAUCGUACAAUUCAUGUAAAACGCUUGUGA